GGGCAUGGCCAGGGAGAGCCUCCUCGACUGCCUCGCCUUCGCCGGCGCCUGGCUCGGCCACGGCCGGAAAGGGCACUGGCACGGGAAGAAGAAGAAGCUGCCAUACUGCGUGGCUCGGAUGAUCGGGAAGCAAAUGGGCGUCACGGGGCUCUUCGCCGGCGUGGCGAAGGACGUUAAUAACGGGGGCGGCGGCAUUGUGGGAAGGGAGGAUGAUUGCAUGCCGCGAUGCAGCGGCGACGACGGUGAUGAGGAUGAUAGUGACGAUGAAAAUUCGGAGGAUGAUGACGUUUUCGAUCGUGAUGGUGGAAGCGAGGUCGACGAAUUUGCCGGGACUAAACUGGAUUUCUAUAGAUCAGGUAAGGGUUUGCCUAUCAUGGCGGAAGAGACUUGGAGGAGCAGAUUAGCCCGGGGGAAGAAGAAGAUGCAUGUGUGAAGUUUAAACCGCUUGUUAUCUCAUGAUCCUCGAUCAGUCGAACCAUUUUAAGCUAUGCGGAUAUAAUUUCAGUUCUUAGCUGGCUGCCAGGUUAAAUUAGCUAGCUAUACUUGAUUGGUGAACUGGCUAUAUUUUGAUGUGGAGGAUCACCGUAGACUUUGCAAUUUAAGGUCACCAUGAUCAACUGCUGCUCUUUUGUAGGACUUGCCUGUUUGUUGUUAAUCAUGAGGAUGCAUGCAUGUAUGCCUUAAAACAUUUCGUUUAGAAAGCUACGGUAUUUGGCAUUAA